GGGAGGAGACACCUUUACCUUCAGCACACAUUCAGCAUAAUGACCCACUUCAGUCUUAUUCACCUCAAUCUGCUGACAGAAACGUGAGAAAAGACAUUUCUGUUCAGUCCAAAAGAAAAAGUGGUUUUGGUGGUCUAUGAAAUAAACAGCAACCAGUAACUGGGGACAAACGAAAUGGAUUACACUAACGAGGCGGAAUAUGAAAGCGUAUAUGAAUAUGACAUAGAUAAUUCAACAGGUUUCAGCUUUUGUCUCAAGGAAACUGUGGCCCAAGUUGGAUCCACUGCAGUUCCUUUAUUGUUUUCCAUUGUGGUUCUCCUCAGUCUCGUUGGUAACAUACUGGUUCUUGUCAUCCUUGGCCUCUACGAGAACCUCAGAUCAUUGACCAACAUCUUCAUCCUCAGCUUGGCUCUCUCGGACCUGAUGUUCACUCUUGGACUUCCAUUUUGGUCCUCUCAGUACAUCUGGGGCUGGACCUUUGGGGAUGCAGUUUGUAAAGGUAUCAGCUUUGUCUUCUCAGCUGGAUACUACAGUCGCAUUGUGUUCCUGAUGUUGAUGACCAUUCAGUGCUAUGUAGCAGUGGUCCACCCUCUGUCCGACUGCGAGAGAGGACAGCGGGUUGCAGCUGUUCCCAUCCUUGCUUGGGUGGUGAGCUUUGGAGCAGCAAUGCCAGCUUUACUGUACAGUGAAGUCAUGGGUGACCCAGUAGACUAUAACGUCUUCUACUGUGUGUUUGACAGCAUGGCUGCCAGCGUUAACGCUACAUACCAACAGAACAUUUUCUUUGUCGUGGCGUUUUUGGUCGUGGCUUUUUGCUACAUAAGAAUUCUUCAAACCAUAUGCAGAAGAAACAAAAGACACAGGACUAUAAGGCUCAUCUUCUGCAUUGCGGGCAUGUUUUUUGUUGGCUGGGCUCCUUAUAACAUUGUGAUAUUUCUGCACACCUUAACUGAGCAUGAGGUGGAGCCUUUUACAGACUGUGAUGUCUCCACUUAUCUUGACUAUGCACUUUACGUCUGCCAGCUGCUGGCCUUUUCCAACUGCUGUCUUAAUCCAGUGUGUUAUGUUAUUGUCAGUGUACAAUUUCGGAAUCACUUCAAGAUGGUCCUGCGGAAAAUCUUUCGAAGCCAAACAGGGGCCCCCGUCGACCAUCACUUACAAUAGGUCAGUCCCAGAGUCCAUGUACUGAGACAGGAAUAGUGCAACACUCAGAAUCUGUGUAAAUACAGAUCGUUCAAUAGUUUUCUUGAUUUUUAUUUUCUUCUAUUUGUUUAAACUGAGGGC